UGACCUCGACGUCCCGAGGGCUUCCUGGAGGAGGCGGCCUGCGCCGGGCCUUGGAGCGGGGUCGCGGGCUGUGGCGGGGUGGUGAGAGCCUUGAGGUGUCGGGGACCCCGGAGGGACCUGCUCCUGUCUGUUCCCCGGGCCCCGAGGGGUUCCCAAAGAUAGGGGGACAGGAGAGCAGAGCGCAAGGCUGGGUCCCUGCAGCAGCAGCCCACGGAGGUCACGGGGUCGGCCCCACUGGGCCCAGGCACAGGACAGAGCCUGCACACACCGUGGGGCCCCCGUGGGGGAUGAGGGUCGCAGCUGCAGGGGAGGAGACUGGCCCUGGGGACCCCAAGCCAAGAGAUAGGGUCCAAGCAGAAGUCCAGUGGGGACCCGGGAGUCUCAGCUGCGUUCUGACCCCCGUCCAGCCCUGAAGGUGUGGCUUCUCUGCGUGUUCUUAGAAACAGGGCAGAGAGGCCAGUGAACUCACCCGGAGUCACCUGCUAGUCACCUGCUAGGGGUCCAGGACCCUGACCCCAGCCAGCCUCCCCGUGUGCUCUGGGGACCUGGCCCUGUCCCCACUGAGGGGCGCUUGCAACAGGCAGAUCACAGACCACCUCCAUCCCGUGUCCCAGCUCAUAAGGAGACCCCUGGGCACUUUGAGCAAGGACCCUGGACCCUCUUUUUGUUGGUCCACAGAGGGGCAGGAGCUCCGAACUCCCUCCAGGCUGCACCCCAGGCAGGGAAACCAGUGGGCAACUCCAGAAGCCCCUUCGCUCCUCUGUGACAGCCAGUGAUGGCCAGGUUCUGGCCAUGCCACCUACCACUGCCCAUGUCCCUGAACUAGGGGCCCAGCACAGCCUUUCCCAGACUCAGGGUGUGCCCAGGGACAAGCUGUAUGGGCCAGUGGGAUCCUAUAGCGCUACUGAAGCCACCCUCCCUAGCAGCCGUGGGCUGGGUGAGGUCAGGGACCUGGGCCUCACUGUCCCUGUGCUCCCCAGUGCUCAACGGGGAGCAGGUGACGGAGAUGCGCUGGUGCACCAUCUCGGAUGCGGAGCAGCUGAAGUGCAAGGACAUGAGCAAGGCCUUCCAGGAAGUGGGCAUCCAGCCUUUCAUUGCCUGUGUCCAGGGCACCUCGGCCCUCCACUGCACGCAGCUCAUCUCGGCCCAGAAGGCCGACGCCGUCACCCUCAAUGGAGAAGCCAUUUACGAGGCGGGGAAGGAGCACGGCCUCAAGCCCGUGCUGGGCGAGCUGUAUGAUGCAGAGGUUGGGACCUCCUACUAUGCCGUGGCUGUGGUCCGGAAGAACUCCUCUGUGACCGUCAACACCCUGAAGGGCGUGAGGUCCUGCCACACGGGCCUCCAUCGGACAGCGGGCUGGAAUGUGCCUGUGGGCUUCCUGGUGGGGAGCGGCCGCCUCUCCGUGAUGGGCUGUGACAUGCUCAUGGCUGUCAGCGAGUUUUUUGGGGGCAGCUGCGUCCCUGGUGCAGGAGAGACCAAUCACUCGCUGUCCCUGUGCCGCGCCUGCAGGGGUGACGGCUCUGGGAAGAGGGUGUGUGACAGCAGCCCCCUGGAGAGAUACUACGGCUACAGCGGGGCCUUCCGGUGCCUGGCAGAAGGGGCAGGGGACGUGGCCUUCGUGAGACACAGCACGGUGCUGGAGAACACAGACGGGAAAACGCUGCCCUCCUGGGACAAGGCUCUGCUGUCACGGGACUUUGAGCUGCUGUGUAGGAACGGCAGCCGUGCCAGUGUCACGGAGUGGCGGCAAUGCCACCUGGCCCGGGUGCCCGCAAGCGCCGUGGUGGUCCGGCCUGACAUGGAUGAAAAACUCCUCUUCCGACUGCUCGGCGAGGGCCAGCUGCUGUUCAACCAUGAGGGCAGCCCCUUCCAGAUGUUCCGCUCAGAGAGCUACGGCCACAGGGACCUGCUGUUCAAGGAUGCCACUGUGGAGCUGGUGCCCAUCGGUACGAAGACCUAUGAGGCAUGGCUGGGCCGCAACUUCCUACACGCCAUGAAGGGCCUGCUCUGCGACCCCAACCAGCUACCCCACUUCCUACGCUGGUGCGUGCUGUCCACACCCGAGUUCCGGAAGUGUGGCGACAUGGCGAUGGCCUUCAACCAGCAGAAGCUCAAGCCGGAAAUCCAGUGUGUGUGGGCCAACUCCCCACUGCAGUGCAUGACACAGAUCCAGGAUGGACACAUCGACGCUGUGACCCUGAGGGGUGAAGACAUUUACACGGCAGGGAAGAUGUUUGGGCUGGUCCCAGCAGCCGGGGAGUCUUAUACUGAGAACAGUAGCAGCUCGUACUACGCCGUGGCCCUGGUGAGGCGGGACAUCUCCUCAGCCUUCAGCCUGAAUGAGCUUCGCGGCAAGCGCUCCUGCCACCCCAGUGUGGACAGCCCCGCCGGCUGGACUGUGCCCAUGGGCACCCUCGUCUACACGGGCUCCAUCCGGCCCCGGGACUGCAAUGUGAUCCAAGGGAUGAGCGAGGUCUUCAAUGGCAGCUGUGUGCCCGGGAGCGAGGCCAGGAAAUACCCAUCCUCACUGUGCGCUAUCUGCGAGGGGGAUGAAAAAGGUCGAAACAAGUGCGUGGCCAAUAGCCAGGAGAGGUAUUUCGGCGACAGCGGGGCCUUCAGGUGCCUGACGGAGAAGGCAGGGGACAUUGCCUUUGUGAAGCACACGACUGUCUUUGACAACACAAACGGCCACACGACCGAGCCCUGGGCAGCUGGGCUCAGGCACCAGGACUACCAGCUACUGUGCCCCAAUGGGGCACGUGCGGAGGUGCACCAGUUCCAAGCCUGCAGCCUGGCCAAGGUCCCGGCCCACGCCGUCAUGGUGCGGCCUGACACCAACACCUUUCCUGUGUUCGGACUCCUGGACAAGGCCCAGGAGCUGUACGGAGAGGACAACAAUAAGAACGGGUUCCAGAUGUUUGACUCCUACAAAUACGGAGGCCAAGACCUGCUUUUCCAGGACGUUACAGUCCGGCUGGUUCCUGUCGCGGAGAAGAGCACAUACCUCGGGUGGCUGGGGCCUGACUACGUGAGAGCCAUGGAGGGGCUCCUGACACCGCCGUGUUCAGGCCCAGGUAGGGUACAGGCGGGCAGCGUGACAGCCCCAGGGUGGGCUCCUGGCACAUGCACCAGCACCAUUCAGAGCAGUUCAGCCAAAAACUUGGCGGGAGCUGAAGGGGCAUGGGAGGCCUUGGGAACGCAGAGCACGGGCCUCCGUUACACAGGUAACUGAGGUGCAGUGUCCAGGGAGGCUGUGACAAUUCCCCCAGGGACACUGGCCGUGUCACCCAAGUAGAAAUGGAUAAUGAGCAUAAAUGCUAAAAAGGGGAGUCCAGAGAGGAUGUGAGGCAACAGGAUAAACAUGCAUGUGGUAUAAUUCGGAAAUGAACGAAUAUGUAAAGAAAGGAGGGGCCAGGAUUUAGCUCAGUGGUGCCACCGCCUGCCUCGCAAGCCCAAGGUCCCAAGUUCGAUCCCCGGUACAAAAAAAAGAAAGGAGGGAAAGGAACAGCAUGACAGAGUAGAAGGUGGGGGGCAGUGGGGACCCAGGCGUCCCUGCCCUAGCCCACUGUUCCCCUCACACCAGUCGCUGUCCCCGGGGUUUCCUGGCUGCUCCUGCUGCCCCUCGUUGCUGGCCUCAUCCUCCCAAGCCGCCUCUGAGAGCAGCCCUGGCCAGCUUGCCUCCCGGGACUGCAGAUGGCCAGGAAUAGCCUGGAGAAUCCGUGAUGGAAGGGACUGCGAGGACCUCUCACAGCCCUGCGAUCAUCAGGAUGAGUGCAGAAGCCACGCCCCCCACCCGAGCCCCCAGCUCUGGCCCACGGCCCAGUCACGCCACCCAGCUGGCUCAGCGCCCCGAACUUGCAGCCUCCUACUCGUAGCCUCCUGGACCAGUUGCUGGGGAGACAGCGGGGUGGCCUCCCACAGGCCCCUCCGCUGUGCAGCACCGGGGAGGUGUGAAUGCCACGGGCUGGCCUCAGCCCCUACACCCGCUGGGCUCGUUGUCCUCAGGGCUCCGGUCCCACCUCCCUCCUGAGGACGCUGUGUCAAGGAAGGUCCCUAGAGAUGGGGCCGCAGCUGGGCCCCGGAGGAGCACGGUGUCACCCCCCAGCCCCAGACACCAGUGUCUGCCCAGAGCCACGCUGUGAGGAUGCAGCCCCAGAGGGACCUUUGGAGGAAGGAAAUGCUGCCAAAGCGGAAGUUUCCAAGCAAGGGUCUUGAUGCCAGGCUGGGCGCUGUGACCCCACCUCCUGCCUAAGCCCAUCUGUGGGGGGCACAGUCCUUGAGCCGGCCCUGCCUGGUGGGAACUGAGCUGCACCUACACUUUCUGGGCAUAGUUCUGCCUCUGGGCUCAGCUGAAGGUUGUCUUCUUCCCCUGCCCCAUGGUGGCACCCCACUGCCUCAGCCUGCUCCUGCACAGUGUCACCACGUGGUCUCCAGACUGGGAGCAGGAGGUGGCCCAGGCCUCACUCUCAGGGCCCCUGAGAAGCCGGGCAGAGGAACCAAAGCCGGAAGACUGGGUGCUAGGGUGAGGCCAGGUGUUGGGGUGAGCGCCAUCUUCUUCCCCAGUCCCCCGCACCUCCCGUGUCCAGAGGAAAGGUCCCUGAGUCCCAGCCUGGUAAGAGGCAGCAGCAAGGCCUCCCUCCCGUCCAGUUUCCCAUGGUUCUCUGAGGAGCCAGAAAAAGUUUUCCGGAACUGCCAGGUCUUAUUCUGAAUUUUGCUCCCUUGAAAAAAUAAAUAAGAAGAGAAGAAACAGGAGCAAGCAGCCCUGUUAACGGGCUGGGAGGCGCGUGGGCCUGGAGCUAUUUGUGUCUCCAUCUGCGGGGGGCCUCAGGGAUGCGAGUGACAGGCCAGGUUCCUGGUGCUCGCCCCCACCUGUGGGCACCAGCGAAGGAGGCAGCACCCGGAGGAGUUCUGGUCACUCGCAGGGACACCCCUCACCCCACUGCGAGGGCAGAGGAGCCAGGCCUCGGAGGCCCAGCCUUUACCGCGGGUUCUCCUGAUGACUGAUACCCUUUCUUGUUACGGAAGAUGUGUGGAAAGAGAAGUGUGUGCGGCCUGUGCCACUUGUGACAACAGCUGAUUGUCAGGCCUUGGGAAGGGGCUGCUGCUGGUGUGUGCUGCUGAGGGAGGUUGGUUUGUUUCUGAAGUAAAAUAAAGCCGAACAGCCCUGUGCCACACCCUGGAGAGGUGUGGACUCUGAAACUCUCUGUGCUGAAUCCCUUUUUGUCUUAGGUGCCCCAGGGCCUGCCCCACCCAGAUCCCCAGCAGCGGCUCAUAGCCUUGAGGUCUGGGAGCAGUCAGGAUCUGCUGCACCUCUAGCCUCCAGCCAGCCGGGCCCAGCUCUUCACCGGCUGCUUCCCUGGCCCCGAGGUGCUCAACAACCCAGGCUGCCUCUGUCCCCAGCCUCCCGGUACCCGAUCCUCAGGCAUCUCCGCUGCCCCCCACUGCCUCAUCCCUCCAAAAUGAGCCCCCACAUCUCAUUUUUGGCAAGCUGAGUCCCAGAGGGAGCUGAGCAGGUGGCCCACUGGUCUGGGUCAGGGCCCCUCUGCCCUCUCCCAAGGCUCCUGCCCUUCCCCUGCCCUGGGGCUGCCCCCAGUGGUCACUGAAGCCCUUUGUCACAGCUGGGUCUUGCAAGCCAGUGCACACAGGCCAUGUACCCUGCUGUCAGCCCCAUCAUCAUGAAGCCAGGUCAACUUAGCGACACUGUGGCAUAAAUUGAGACCUUGUCUUUGUAUCACAUGACGCUGUUGCAGUCACUGGAGCUGUCCUGCUGCUGCUGCUUCCCACUCUGAACUUUUGGGGACAGAAAGUGAACCUUUCCUGGGUGAUCCUCCUGCCUCAGCCUCCUGAGUGCUGGGAUUACAGACCUGCACCACAAUGUCUGGCUGAGUUUUUAGAAUAGCAAAAUACUAGAAACAUCUGAAUGCCCCUCAGUACUGUGUUGGACAACAAAAAGCUGGUCUAUACUUUCAUCUCAGUGGACAGUCUGCAGGCGUUGCGGGAAGGGGAGAGCUCCAUUUACAAGUUGGAAAGACUCUGCGACAUAUUGUUGAGUAAAAAGAGCAGGUUAUAAAACAGUCUGUGCUCCCAUUAACAUAAACCACACACACACACUCACACACUCACACUCACACACACACGGAGCUGUCUGGAAAUCUGUUCACCAAACUGUUAACAGUGACUCUCUCCAGUUGGUGGGAUUUAGGGGUAAUUUUUACUUUCUUUAAACUUUAUUUUCCAUUUCUUUAAACUGUCUAAUUUGAAUUUUAAAGCACUGUAAGUCAUUAACCAUUUUCAUUGUGGAAUGGAUAAAUAAAAAGCAAACCAACAAAAAAUAAAGUACAGCCUCCCACUGCCCUGGUCGAAGUGCCCAGGCCUCCUUGCCUGGUCUCGGGCUGAGCAGGCCCCACAAGGAGCCCAGCUUGGAGCUCCUCAGUCCCAGACGUGGCCCUGCCACUAGCCUCAUGACCUCAGACGACUCUCUCCUUCAGAGCCUGCGCUUCCUCCGCAAGUGCCUGCCUUGGGCUGCUGGGGGAGGAAACUCAGGAGGUCCAGUGCCCACCUGGCCCUGUGGCCCCACAGGCCACACAUCUGCGCCUACAGCUCCUUCCUCGAGAAGGUUUGUGGUCCUGAGCCCAGGACUUCGGCAGGCUGUGGGCAGAGGAGAAAGGAUGAGGUCCUCACGCUAACAUGCCGUGGCCUGGGGGACCCAGAGGAUCAGACAGACUGCUCGGGCUGGGCAGGACCCAGAAAACCUGUGAGCCCCUCUGCCCUCAUCCAUAAUGGGCUCUUCCAUCCCACGUGACCCCUCCCUGGCUCGAGGGCUUGUCCCCCACUCCUCAUCUCCCAGGAAACCAAGGCCACAGGGGACGGGACUUUCUGCAGAUGGGGACUUCGCCGCCGUGGCCCCAGACUGGACACAGGGCACAGUGACCAGGCUGCACCGGCGCAUCCCUUCUACUGGUUCCAUAGCCCACUUCACCACAGCUGUGGGCCGAGGGCCUCACUGCCAGCUCAUAGCCCAAGGCCAAAGUCCACUCUACUGUCGGUUCCAAGUCCCUCUUGGCACCAACUGUCCUGAGUUUGUCAUCCACAGAACAGUGGUGACACAGCGUCUCCUGUGACGGGAGAUGGGGAUGUGGCUGCUGUCCCUGCAGUCAGCGGCCUGGCCCUGCACCCGCAUCAGCACUCACUGGAUGCGCCGGGGUGGCCUGACUUUAAACACAAGGUUGCUGUCUUCGGCUGAGGGCCGAGCCUCGCCUCAAAGCAGCGCCUUCUUCCCCGCCAGGCAGGGCAGGGCCCCUCCACUGCCACCUGCUGUCCUGACACCUUCUGCUAGGAGUGAGCCUCCAGGGACAGGGAUCCGGCCCACCUGCCAGCGCACGGAGGACACCCAGCUUCACCUACACCUGAACUGGAACCCAACGAGGAGUCUGCUGAAUGAAUGAAUGAAUGAAUGAACAAAAGAGUAGAUGUUAGUUUUGUCCUAGAAACUUACUGCUCCCAGGGCAGCACCAGGAGUGCUGAGGAGUUUGGUCCUCCCUGGAAACUCCUAGACCCUGCCGCUGAUAAAGAAAGGAUUAGGGGUGGCAGCACACACUCCAGGGGCCGAGGCAGAAGGAUCAUGAGUUCAAGGCCAGCCUGGACAACUUAGCAAGAUCUUGUCUCA